AUGGCUCAGAAACCGCUGCGCCUCUUGGCUUGUGGAGAUGUUGAAGGAAAGUUUGAUGUUUUAUUUAAUAGAGUUCGAGCAAUUCAGAAGAAAAGUGGAAACUUUGAUCUGCUGUUGUGUGUAGGAAAUUUCUUUGGGUCCACCCCAAGUGCUGAAUGGGAGGAAUAUAAGACUGGCAUCAAGAAAGCUCCUAUUCAGACAUAUGUGCUGGGAGCAAAUAACCAGGAAACAGUAAAAUAUUUCCAAGAUGCUGAUGGGUGUGAAUUAGCUGAGAAUAUUACUUAUCUAGGUCGUAAGGGUGUCUUCACUGGAGCCUCGGGGCUACAGAUUGUGUACCUCAGUGGAACAGAGUCCUUAAAUGAGCCGGUCCCAGGUUAUAGUUUUAGUCCCAAGGAUGUGUCUUCCCUGAGAACAAUGCUGUGCUCAGCAUCCCAGUUUAAGGGUGUUGAUAUCUUGCUCACAUCCCCAUGGCCCAAAUAUGUGGGGAACUUCGGGAAUUCUUCUGGAGAAGUGGAUACCAAAAAAUGUGGCUCUGCUUUGGUUUCCAGUCUUGCCACAGGCUUGAAACCAAGAUAUCAUUUUGCUGCUUUGGAAAAGGCCUAUUACGAGAGGCUUCCAUAUCGAAAUCACAUUGUUCUACAGGAAAGUGCACAGCAUGCAACCCGGUUUAUAGCUCUGGCAAAUGUGGGAAACCCAGACAAGAAGAAGUAUCUUUAUGCAUUCAGCAUUACUCCUAUGAAACUGAUGAAUGCAGCGGAACUGGUAAGGCAGCCUCCAGAUGUCACUGAAAAUCCGUACAGAAAAUCUGGGGAGGACACAGCCAUAGGAAAGCAGACUCCUGCCCCUGAGGAAGAAGCAGCCUGUCAAUUCUUCUUUGACUUAAAUGAAAAGCAAGGAAGGAAGCGCUCUUCUACAGGCAGAGAGAGCAAGUUUUCUCCUCACCCAAAGCAGUCUCGCAAACCUCCUCAGCCUCCAGGACCCUGCUGGUUUUGCCUAGCUAGCCCUGAAGUAGAAAAGCAUUUGGUGGUCAACGUUGGCACACAUUGCUACCUUGCCCUGGCCAAGGGAGGCCUGUCUGAUGACCAUGUCCUUGUCCUGCCCAUUGGACACUACCAGUCAGUGGUGGAGCUUUCAGCAGAGGUGGUGGAGGAAGUCGAGAAGUAUAAGGCUACACUGAGGAGGUUCUUCAGGAGUCGAGGGAAACGAUGUGUUCUGUUUGAGAGAAAUUAUAAGAGCCAUCACCUCCAGCUGCAGGUCAUUCCUGUGCCACUGAGCUGCUGUGCUACCAAUGACAUUAAAGACGCCUUCAUUUCUCAGGCUCAGGAGCAACAGAUAGAGCUGUUAGAAAUUCCAGAGCACUCCGACAUCAAGCAGAUUGCACAGCCAGGAACAGCAUAUUUUUAUGUUGAACUUGACACAGGAGAGAAGCUUUUCCACAGAAUUAAAAAGAAUUUUCCUUUGCAGUUUGGAAGGGAGGUCCUGGCCAGCGAAGCCAUCCUUAAUAUUCCUGACAAGUCUGACUGGAGGCAGUGUCAGACCAGCAGGGAAGAGGAAGAGACCCUAGCCCGCCGCUUCCGGAAAGACUUUGAGCCCUUUGACUUCACUCUGGAUGACUAACCAAAGGGAAAGGCAUUUUAUGAACUUCAGAGG